GUCCAGCUUAUGAGCAGGCGAUAACCUCAACGAUUCGGCCGCAUCACCAAGCACUGUGAUAGCUCCCUCUAUCUGUAGUGGUCGAGCGCCGUCUCACACUCACGGUUCAAACGUUCACCGUCCUGAGCUUCUACUAUAAGAUCACACACCCCUUUGUCACCGCGUCUUCUCUUUCCCCUCAAGUGCGUCCCUAGUAUCAUCUACUUGCUAGAAAUGGCCCGCCCAGUGCAACGUCCCCGUUCGGGCACCAUACCCUCCAUGGAGGUCGCUACCAACGCCAUCAGAGAUAGCGCCACCUUCAUCGUCUUCGGUGCCUCCGGAGAUCUCGCAAAGAAGAAGACAUUUCCUGCUUUGUUCGCCCUCUAUCGCAAGGACUAUCUUCCCCGCGAUGUCCAUAUCGUCGGGUAUGCUCGCACGAAGAUGAACACUGAAGAUUACCACAGGCGAAUCUCGAGCUACAUAAAAAGGGACAACGAUCCCAACUUUGACACCAAACUUGAGGAGUUCAAGAAUCUGUCCUUCGUAUACAGCGAGUCUUUCUGCAGGUUGAACGCCCAUCUCGUAGAAAUCGAAAAGAGUUACAGAACCAGCAACCGCAUCUUCUAUCUUGCUCUUCCUCCCUCCGUGUUUAUUCCUGUCGCAAAGCAUGCCAGGGAAGAGUGUUACUCCAGAGGGGUAAAUCGCAUCAUCGUCGAAAAGCCGUUUGGAAAGGAUCUCCAGUCAUGCAGAGAGCUCCUGAACGAAUUGAAGAAGUAUUGGAAGGAAGAGGAGACGUACCGCAUCGAUCACUAUUUGGGCAAGGAGAUGGUGAAGAACCUUCUCGUACUCCGCUUCGCCAACAUUACGAUGGGUGCGGGGUGGGAUAAGAACUCGAUUAGCAACGUGCAAAUUACCUUCAAGGAGCCAUUCGGCACAGAGGGCCGUGGUGGCUACUUUGACGAAUUCGGUAUCAUCCGUGACGUUCUGCAGAACCAUAUGUUGCAAGUGUUAAGUAUCUUGACGAUGGAAAGGCCGGUGUCAUUCUCACCGGAAGACAUUCGAGACGAGAAGGUCAAAGUGCUGCGUGCCAUUCCUCCCGUGGAGCGCAAAGACACGCUGCUUGGGCAGUAUGUAGCGGCUGAUGACAAGCCAGGCUACCUCGACGACGACACGGUACCCAAGGAUUCCGUAUGUCCCACGUUUGCCGCUACGGUCCUCUGGAUCCACAACCCGAGGUGGGAAGGGGUCCCAUUUAUCAUGAAGGCUGGAAAAGCGUUGAACCAAGCCAAAGUAGAAGUCCGGAUCCAAUUCAAGGAUGUGACACAGGGCAUCUUUGCUGAAAUCUCACGGAAUGAGUUGGUGGUGCGAAUUCAACCCCAAGAGGCGGUUUAUUUGAAGCUGAACACGAAAUCACCGGGAUACGCCUUCCGUGCGAUACCUACUGAGAUGGAUCUAACUUACAAUAGACGGUUUACGGAGGCGACGAUUCCGGAGGCGUACGAGGUUCUGAUAUUGGAUGCAUUGAGGGGAGACCAGUCGAACUUUGUCAGGGACGACGAGCUGGAUGUUGCGUGGAAGAUCUUCACACCGAUUCUUCACUGGAUUGAUGGGAAGGAAGGUGAAAAACCUAAGCCUGAGCCAUAUCCAUAUGGAUCACGGGGUCCGGCAACACUAGAUGCGUUCGUUGAAAGUUAUGGAUACAAACGAACCGAAGAGGCAUACAACUGGCCUACGACGAACUUGUCGAAUCUGUGAAGGCGUAGUGGUUAUGUUUGAUGCUGGGCUACUCCUUGUUGUCAUGAUAUUGCUAGUGUGUACGAAUGACAUCAGUUUGCACGUGACCC